UGUCAAUGCCAAUGGUUGCGGGACAUUGCUAUUUAUUGUGUUUUUUUUUAUCUCUCUCGCAGAAGGUACGUCUGCGACGAAAAUAAAAGGAAAAAAGUUAUAUAUCGAGACGUUGUAAUAAUAACGAUUCUGUAUGUUUGGGAUUUCCUCGAUUCGGUCGAUCGUUUCAAACGCCAUUGCGAAAAGUAGCUCAUAUCUACGCUACAUCAGAGGUUACAUUUUGUUUCAAGAAGUCAAUGGUAAGACGACACGUGCAACUGUGAUUGAAAGCAAAUAAAAUUUGUGGAACUUUGGUGGUGAAGAGAAGAACAUUUUUAACUCCUUGAAGAUGACCCAUCCGGGCAUGGCUUUUGUCCUGGUUGUUGGGGUUGGUUUAGCAACAAUAUUGUAUUACAUGUUUGCUGAUUCUGAUAAUUCACAUAAUUCACAAAAUUCUCAUCGUGCUGAUGGUGGUAUACCCCCGGAGCCUCCUAACAACUCCUGGAAGCCUGAUGACAGAUCGAGAUAUAGGAGGAAGGCGUCUAGUACUACCAGUGAAUUAUCUAGCUGCACCAUUUGUCUGAAUGAUAUUACCCGGCGAGAGAUUGUUCAUAUUAAUCCAUGCAGGCAUUAUUUUCAUGCGUAUUGCAUCCGGGAGUGGAGAGAUCAGAGCGAACAGGAAAGCCACAAUUUAUGUCCAAACUGUCGGAAAAAAAUUGAAUCUCUAGAUUGAAUUCAACGGGAUAACAAUGCUAUCAAUAUCUUUUUUUACAUAAGGAAUAAAACCCGUAUGAUUAGGUCGAGCACAUUUUUUAAAUGUUUUCCAUUGACGUUGCAAUUAUUUUUGAAUUGUCACCCCGUCAGGGAGAUUCACUCGCGCGUUAAUAAUCCGAUCGGUUUGUACCUUAGGAUUUUAUUUUAAUUGGAAGAAAAAACUUGUCUUCACGAGGGAAUCCCAAUGGCAAGAAUUGAUCAAAUCGAAAGCAAUUGUUCUUCCCUUAUUAUUUCAUCGUGUAUCCCUGUGGGAUAUGAUUGUUGGAAGUUUAAACGUUUGGCUCCGUAGAAUUAAUCUUUUUUAGAACACAUGAAAGAGCGUUGCAUAAUUAAAAAACGAGAAAAAUAAUUCAAGUAUUUCUCAAUCGUACAAAGUUAUUGUCGAUAAUGCGAGGGAAACGUCAUGAUCAUCAUAUCAUUCAUCGAAUCCAAAUUCAAUGUUUACUCUCCAUUGACUCAAUGGUCGAUGAGUUACUCACUCUCAUUAAGUAGUAGCUUAUGCUUCGAAAUAAAUCAAGAAACAUUGAACGGCAUUUCAUAGUGAAAUGACGAAAUUUGCGUAAUUAUGACAAGUGAGAAAGAAUUAACCAAGAGACUGAUGUGUUUUGUGACAAAAAAAUUACUGAAUGAUAACAAACAAUCACGCCGAUAUAACUUUGUCACAUUUAGUGGUUUUGAUUUUUCAAACUAGAGAGUAAAAUAUUUUGCUUGUUAGCCACGAAUGUUGAUCGAGCAUCGAAGACGACCACAGAGACUGUACUUUUUACUAUUCAAGCGAAAAAAAAAGAAUGGUCGUGUUGUUAGAUAUUUAUGUUGUCAAGAACAAAAAUUAUUAAACUGCUCAUUGAAAUCACUCUCGAAGUGGAAAAAAA